AUGGAUCCAUUAAUGAAAAAUAGCGAAACAGAAAGCAACUUUUUCAUAAAGUCUUUCUUUGAAUCCUUAUCAAAUUUUGUAAAAAAUGUAAAGAUUGAAAUUAAAGAUAUAUUUGAAUUACUUAAUUACCCAUGUGUGUAUCAUAAUAAUAAAAAAAAAUUUAGCAUUAAUGAUUAUGAGGAUCAUAAAAAUUCAAUAACAACAAAUAUUAUAAGUAAAAUUGACAAAAAAAAUAUUGAUAACUUUCGACAAUAUCAAAAUAAAUUAGAAAAAAUUCUAGAAAACAUUAAAAUGCUUAAUGAAAAAUAUAAAAUGGACGUACCAUUAUUAUUCAUUAUUGAAAAUUUAAUAACAUUACAUUUAAUUAAUGAAUAUAAAAUAAAUAAUAUAGUAAAAAAAAUUCAAGAUCACAAUAUUUCUAUGCCUGAACUAAGUAGCGAUUUACCAAAUAAUUUAAUACAAACUCUCGAAGUAGAAGAAGAUGAAAACCAAAAUUAUUUAUAUGAUAGAUUAAAGGAAACAAAUAACUUAUCAAUAAAUAGUUAUGCAGUUAAACAAUUGAUAGAAAAUGCAAAUAUACGAAUAAACUUUUCAAAAAUAGAGGAACCAAACAAAGAAAGGUAUUUUAAUACCAAUCAAAUAAAAUAUAGUGCAAACUAUUUGAAUAAAUCAUAUGAUUCUGGUAUAUUUAAAACUGAAAAAGAUGAAAUUAAUCUAUCAGAGGAACCAAACAAUCUUAUAGAUAGUAUGAUGAAAGAAGAUGAAAUAAGUAGUAUACACCAUACAAAUGAAAAACAAGACAAUGUUAAUACUAUCCCAAAUAAAAUUGAUGAAAAACAGAAUAUUAUUGAAAAUAUUGGGUUGUCUGAGGAAACAUUAAAAUUGCUUAAUUUAUUACCUAAAAAGAAGAAGGAAGAAGAUAAUUAA